UUUGAGAGAGCAGCUGGAAAGGUUUUCUGGAAUGGGAGGCUGUGACUCUGCAGACCCUUCUCACUAUGUCCCAGUGCUGUGGGUGAGUAUAGGGGAAGUUUGGUAUGUUGUUACUUGGGGGUUUCUCACAGUAUUGGUCCUUGGAAUGGACUGCCAAGUGGAAAUCAGCUCUUCAGAAAUUUUGUCAGUGCUAGUAUUAAUUGGUUUAAAGUGACUAAAUGUGUAUUAGUUUUGGUGGAAAUGCCUCUUCGUUUGCUUCUGUUAGUGCAUUAGUGACAUAUAAUGGGAUUUUUGUUAUUUUAGUUGAACAGUGGAAUUUUGCUAGGUUUUUUUCUUUUUUCCACUAGAGGGCCCAAGCAUGCUUCCAAGUACCCCAUGAGAACUGAAACUUAAUUCAUUUCUCUUUUAACUGAAAUUAAAGUUCUAUAUUAUGAAGUAUAUACCAACCUGUGUGAUGCUUUAUGCUUGUUUAAAAUACAAACACUUUAUAUCAAGUGUUGGUUAAUGUAAGGAAUAUGCAGUAAUGAAAGGCUUUUUUUUCCUUGAUUAGAACAUUUUUUUAUCAAUUGUAGUAUAAAGCUAUCUAGUUUUGCAUUGAGAAGAGGACUGGUGUGCUUUCAUUGACUGUGCUCCACCGUAGUUUAGGGAGUUCAGGGGGACUCUGAAAAGGUGUUGAUGGAAUUUUGUCCCUAACAUAUCCUGGGAGUGAAACUGGCAUUUUGCAGGCCACCAUAAUUGAUUUUUUUUGGGGGGAUGGCUUGACUUUUGCUGCCUAGGGUUUUCAUAACAACUUUACAGUUAAUUUCAGUCGUGUAUAGAUGUGGGAAGUGGGUUCUGAAUAGGUUGUUAAAUGUACAGACUAAUUCGCCUGUUUCAGUUUAAAAGGCAUCAAAUAUAAGCUUGUUAUCAUGAGUGUCUUUUUGGUUAGUGGGGGAAGAUGGGUAUGCACUGAAGACAGCUCUUCUGUGAGGGUAGUUAGAUACUGGAAUGAGGCUGAAGAAGUGGUAGGACGUUCAUCCAUCCAGAGUGACAUUCAAAACUUAACAGGACUGAGCCCUGGGCCAGCUCUGACUGGAAUAUUGAACUAGGUGACCUUGAGAGGUCCCCUUCAGCCUUAAUUAUUCUGCAAUUCCAAAAUGAGAUUUUAUUAAUUCUUUUGCUCUACUGCUGUUUAAACCAAAAAUAAUUAUAAGGAUAAUGGAUAGUUGUCUUUCUGAGCUAGUUGUAACACAAGUAUUUUGAAUUAAGUUCCAGCUUUCCUUUGCUUCUGAGGGCCUUGAUGUGGGGGUGUUAGACCACUAGAAAAAGGAAGGGUGUCUGUGAGCGCUCUGAGCGUACUUUUCCUCCUUAACUUGCAGUCCUCACUGGGGGAAAAAAAAGCCAUGCAAAGGGAAUGCUCUAUCCCUUCAUUUCACUGCUGUACUUGCCAAGUGCCAUCUCUUGCCUUAUGUUUGGUAUUGUUACUUCUAAUGGCUCUCUUUAACAGGUGUGACAGAUUUUCUCUUACUCCAUUCCUUAGGAUCUUUCCUAGAUCUUCUCUUUUGCUCUUUUUGGAACAGAGGCAGCAGUUAUUCCUUCCUCUGCAUCUGUGUUCCUUUUUUCUUUCCUUUUCCCAUUGUCAGUAUUUGUUCUUUCCUGCCGCCUUCCUGCUUCUCUUCCCUUUUCUGGCUGGAAACAAAUCAAUGUGUUCACAUGUACCAGAAGGAUGGACAUAAAUGGAGUGUUUUGGUGACAGGGAUAUUGCUGCCUGCAGUCAGUUCUGUAGACAGAGGUAAUCUGCUCGAGUUCACAGCCCUACCGAUAUGUGUUCAUUACUGCAUUUGCAGUAUUUUGGUCUCCUUUAUAGUUUCUUCCUAAGCCAACAGCUUUCAGUUUAUUGAGCAAUGUGCCAGUGGAGCCAGGUACAGAGAAAUUUCUAAAGAUACUGUUUUUGUGAUAGAUUUGUGUGUUUAAUAGGAUUUCUUUCCUGGACUGGUACACUCUUCCUACACUUUGUGUAGGACAUUGGCUGCAUGGCCUCAUAACUGCUGUUAUUAGCAAUACAGGCUUAACUUUGUUUGUGACUGGAAACUAAAUUGAUGAAAGCAAUUCCAUUUUUAGUGUCCUGGUAGUGGAAAACAUAGCUAUAGGUAUACUAAAAUAUUAGUAGUAGUGUAUUUUGGUUAGUAUCAUAAGUUAUGGUUUAGUUCUAGUUUUUUUACCAAACAAAUUUGUUAGCAAUUGUGAAAUGGGAUGAGUUUAAAAAUUGUGUUUCUAGCAAAUCUUUGAUGCAACAGAAACAGUUGUAAUUUGUCUCCAUAUAUUAUUGCAAGUAUUAUAUGGAACCUUGGUGUAAAAAGGAUUCCAAUCAUGAUGUGAUGGAUUUUCAGCUAAUAUCUCAGUCAUGUGUCAAAAUUUUGCACUUCACACGGUUUUAGUACUUGUAGACAGUUAAAGCAGGUAGUAAUAAUUGUUUUCAGGCAAAGAUUUCAUGUAUCUGUUGUAUGUAGUACAAUAAUGUGCUUUUUGUGACAUUUUACAUCUAGGGGUACAGAAAUUAUAUUUUAGGGUGAGCAAAAAUAGUGAUGGACAUGAUAUCAGAACGGUGUUGUGUUUCAUACUUAGUGCAGGUACAUAGUAGUACCUCCUAAAUACAUGUGGGCAUUUUGGAUAAGUGGAUGUAGUGCCUUCGGGUGCAUGGCGUAGCAACCAUGAUGUGGUACCAUUUGAAAACUGGAUAAAGCUGCAGAAGGUUACAGUGUCAGAUGUCACUAGUAGAUUUGGGAAAGAAACUUUUAGAAGCUGCACGAGCAGGUCAAGAUGAUGAAGUUCGCAUUUUGAUGGCAAAUGGAGCACCUUUUACCACAGACUGGUUGGGAACAUCUCCGCUUCAUCUAGCAGCACAGUACGGACACUACUCCACCACAGAGGUGUUGCUGCGAGCAGGUGUGAGUCGGGAUGCCAGAACCAAAGUGGACAGAACUCCAUUACACAUGGCAGCGUCAGAAGGCCAUGCCAGCAUAGUAGAAGUCUUACUUAAGCAUGGUGCUGAUGUCAAUGCGAAGGACAUGCUCAAAAUGACUGCACUUCACUGGGCUACUGAACAUCACCACCAAGAAGUUGUAGAACUCUUGAUAAAGUAUGGAGCGGAUGUUCACGCUCAGAGUAAAUUUUGCAAAACGGCAUUAGAUAUUGCAGUAGACAAUGGAAAUGAAGACAUUGCAGAAAUAUUACAGAUUGCAAUGCAGAACCAAAUCAAUACAAAUCCUGAGAGCCCGGACACUGUGACGAUACACGCAGCCACACCGCAGUUCAUCAUUGGACCUGGAGGGGUGGUGAACCUAACAGAUGAAACAGGAGUGUCUGCUGUACAGUUUGGAAAUUCAUCAACAUCAGUAUUAGCUACGUUGGCAGCUUUAGCAGAAGCAUCAGCUCCGCUGUCUAAUUCUUCAGAAACACCAGUUGUGGCCACAGAAGAAGUUGUGACUGCAGAAUCUGUGGAUGGGGCCAUUCAGCAAGUGGUCAGUUCUGGAGGUCAGCAGGUUAUUACCAUAGUUACGGACGGCAUUCAGCUGGGUAACCUGCAUUCCAUUCCGACCAGUGGGAUAGGGCAACCCAUCAUUGUGACCAUGCCAGAUGGGCAGCAAGUGUUAACAGUUCCAGCAACAGACAUUGCUGAAGAAACUGUAAUAAGUGAAGAACCGCCAGUGAAGAGACAGUGCAUUGAGAUUGUUGAAAAUCGCGUGGAGUCUGCAGAAAUAGAAGAAAGAGAAACUCUUCAGAAACAGCUGGAUGAAGCAAACAGAGAAGCACAAAAAUAUCGUCAGCAGCUUCUAAAGAAGGAACAAGAAGCAGAGGCUUAUCGGCAGAAGUUGGAGGCAAUGAACCGCCUCCAGACUAAUAAAGAAGCUGUUUAAUAAAAAAUGAACACACUGCAAAGCCUGUUACUUUCAAAAACCUGCAGUACAAUCUUGAACUGUACACUAUAUAGGUACAGCCAUGGGAUUUCAUGAUAGAGAAGAUGCUACAAGUUGAUAACUGGACUUAAGCCGUGAGCUCUGAUUAAUUUCUUGUAACAUAAAAACUCUGAAUUUAGAAAUUGUGAAAAGUAUUUAAAAUUAAAUACUGUAAAUAGUUGGUUUUUUUACAGUUUCAAAAUGAGUUGAUAAAUCUUUUUGAAGGGAUCCAGAAACAUGAAAAGCCAAUGUUUUUGUGAAAUUUUUGAUUUUAGUAUGAAUCUAACUUCUGAAAAACAGAACAGUUUUAAGGGUGAUGUUGAUUUAAGCUGACAAUUUGAAAUUUGAUUAUGUGACAAAAUGAAUUAACAGUUAUUUCUACACGAUAACAACUCAACUUCUCUGAAUAAGACAUUUCCACGUGGAAAUCUUUGUACAGCUUUAAGUAGUUGUCUCAGAUUCUCUGAAAACCAUUUUUGGUUGGUUUUUUUUUUAUUUUAGGUGGUGAAAUUUUUAUAUUUAAUUUCAGAUAUAUCCAAGUAGAUUUACAUGUAUAUGAAGCUAAUAUUUUUUAAACUUUUCAGUUUGUACAUAUGCUGCAUGUUUUUAUAAUUUCUACACAUACAUCUUGCAUAGGUAUUUUUCAGCAAAGAUGAGAAAAAUUAUGAGAAAAAUGUUUAGCCUAUAGGUCAUUUGAAGUAAGCUAGCAGCCAGUUUUAUUGUGGAUGGUAUAUUUCUUGGAAGAAUGUAAUUUGUAAUUAAGAAGAACAAAAAAGUAUCUUAAUUUACAUAUUAAGAGGCAAAAUUUGGUAGUGGAGGUGUUAAAACUUCCCUUUGUUUGUCUUACAAUUUUCCUGUACAAAUAUUUUAAAGUUCAGAAAUAAAUAGAAAAGAACAUCUCCACUGGAACACAAAUAGUAGCUAUUUUAGAAUAACCCUGUUGAUCUCUUCCCCAAUAGCCUUGAAAUUACUUCAGUGAUGCAUUUUUUUUAAUGGACUUUUGCAUUUUAAUUACUCAAUUGGACAAGUAAUUUUUUAUGUUAGAGUGAUGCUCUUCCUACCCGGCAUCAUUGUUCCUCACUGUGAUACUGUGUUUGUGUGUGUCUGUGCAGUGAUCUAUUAUGCUUAAAAUUUAUAUGGCACGUUACAUCUUCAGAGCAUUGUAAAAUCUUUUAAACAGCCCUUACUGCACUGCCUGAGGCAGGUAAGUGAGUGUUAUUGUCUCAGUUUUAUAACUGGUUCAAGUGUAACAUGAGGGAGUGUUAAAUGACUGGCUUAACACCACAUGCACCUGUAGUCACCUGGGAAUGGAUCUCAGGAGUUCCUGGCUUCUAGUCCUGUGCUUAGACUGAGCUGCCUUAAGAUUGUUCAGUGCUGUGUUACAUUAAAUUUUGAACUACUGUGCAGAUCCGUUUUUUGUAAGAUAAAACUAUUUGUGCUUUGCUUUGUCGUUCCAUGUUCACUGCUUUUAUGGAAUUGUUUAUAUAAACUUAAGCAAAAAGUCUGGUUUAUCUAUACUGUACACGGAAAAAUUACCCUUAAAACUGUACUCUGGCCUACUUUUUCUAUUUUACAAUUAAAUAUCUUUUCCACAUA